GACAGUUCGAUGAUUUUAAGUUGCUUACUUCAUUGUAAUCAUUUAGUCAAACAAUAAUCAUGGCGGCUAUAGAUGUCGAGCCCCCAAAAAUGGAGACGGCACUUCGUACCCUUAAACUGUCAGGGCAUGUCGGAUUCGACAGCUUGCCUGAUCAGUUGGUGAAUAAAAGUGUCCAAAAUGGAUUCGUAUUUAACAUCCUGUGUAUCGGUGAGACGGGCCUGGGCAAGUCUACGCUCAUGGAUUCACUGUUCAAUACCAACUUCGAGUCCUCCCCAAGUCCACACAACCUGCCGACUGUGAAGCUAAAGGCCCACACCUAUGAGUUACAGGAGAGCAAUGUGCGACUUAAGCUAACAAUCUGCGACACUGUCGGCUACGGAGACCAAGUCAACAAGGAGGAUAGCUUUAAGGCCGUGGUGGACUACAUCGACGCCCAGUUCGAGGCGUAUCUGCAGGAGGAGCUCAAAAUUAAGAGGUCGCUGGGUGCCUACCACGACAGUCGGCUGCACGUGUGUCUCUACUUCAUUUGUCCAACAGGCCAUGGCCUGAAGUCCAUCGACCUCGUGUGCAUGAAGAAGCUGGACACCAAAGUCAACAUCAUACCUAUUAUUGCGAAGGCGGACACCAUCUCCAAGACUGAAUUACAAAAAUUCAAGUCGAAAAUAAUGCAAGAGCUCCAGGCGAACGGCGUGGAGAUAUACCAGUUCCCGGUGGACGACGAGUCCGUGUCGGAGACCAACUCGACCAUGAACUCUCACAUACCGUUCGCGGUGGUCGGCAGCACGGACUUCGUCAAGAUCGGCAACAAGACGGUGCGCGCCAGGCAGUACCCCUGGGGCACUGUGCAAGUGGAGAACGAGUCGCACUGUGACUUCGUGAAGCUGCGCGAGAUGCUGAUCCGCACCAACAUGGAGGACAUGCGCGAGAAGACCCACGCGCGCCACUACGAGCUGUACCGCCGCCGCCGCCUGCAGCAGAUGGGCUUCACCGACGUCGACGCGGACAACAAGCCCGUAUCCUUCCAGCAGACGUUCGAGCAGAAGCGCAGCGCUCACCUGGCGGAGCUGCAGCAGAAGGAGGACGAGAUGCGCCAGAUGUUCGUGCAGCGAGUCAAGGAGAAGGAGGCUGAGCUCAAGGAGGCCGAGAAAGAGCUCCACGCCAAAUUUGACAAACUGAAGAAGGACCACACGGAUGAAAAGAAACGCCUCGAAGAACUCCGCAAGAAGAUAGAGGACGACACGAUUGAGUUCAACCGGCGUAAGCAGCAGACCGCGCAGUCGCACCACACGCUUACACUCGGUAAGAGCAAGAAGAAGUAAUUGCGGAGAACUCUUUGCGAAUCGUGCGAGCCUGGUACCGGCGGGGGCGUGAACGAGGAGAGGGGAUGGUUCGUAACAUUUUAUUUUAUAUAAUCUUCCAUACUACGUCACGUAGUCACAUCACACUUUAUUUGAAACUUAGAUGUUAUAGAUUGAAUGUCUCCAUACAAAUUCAUCACUAAGAACAAGUCGGCUUUUUUAUUCAUGUGUGCGUGAAUAGGGUUACCAUUAUGUACAUUAAUUAUAAAGUAUAAGGGAGAAAUUUUUAUUGUAAAUUUAAAUUGAAAAAUAAAAAAUAUGCAUAAUUCUUAACAUAUAUAUUUUAAAUAAUCAGAUAUCGUUCAUUAUGAUUCGUAAUGAUGCUUAUUUUUACUAUAAUUAUUGGUAUAUUUAUAAUACAUUGGUAUAUUUCUAAGCACAGAUCUAAAACAUGUUUUCGUCUUUAAAUACCACCACCAUUUUAAUUAAAACAUAUAUAUUAUUUUGUAAACAAUAUUUAUAUAUCAAUAUUUAUAUUAUAACAGAAAAAUAGUAUUUAAUUUUAAUUUAAAAAAAUCAACUUGAUUUGGGUAAUUUCAAAUUCAAUCACUUGCAACACUGAAACAAAAAAUUACGAUUGUUUCGAUGAAAAUUAUGUGCCAUGAUUUAGUCAGUCAAAUACUAAAAUGGCUGACUAAAAAUUGACACGUUUCUGACACUGGUCACUCUAUCUAUAUAAUCUAAGAUUUCAAAUUAAUUAUUUUUAAGUACAUUUAAAGUUAUCUAUAUUAUACACUUAAAUAAAUACGCUGCAUAAUUGAUACUGCAACGAUAAGUCGCAAUGCAUUUCCAUGGAAACUAGAUGAUUUAUCAUUUCACUAUUAAUUAGCGAACAUAGCGUGUUUAGCCCGUAAUAGAAUAAGCAAUGUAAAUAAAGAGUUAUAUUUAAGUCAUUCAAAAUAUUUGGACGUAAUAAAUUCAAAGUAUGCUAUUAUUAUCAUUCAAAUGUUUAUAUUUAGGUCAGCAUUACUUUUGAGUUUCCAUCCAAAAUUCCAUGUAUUUAAUGUAUCCAAUUGUAAAAUGUACUUGGAUAGUAUUCAAUAUAGCUAUUACAUUAUGUAGAAUGUUUUAAAUGUUACAUCGAUACAAAAUAAAAAAAAAAAACUCACAAAAUUUUACAAAUUUUUCAAUUACGAAUACUUGCUUGUAACUAUUGGAGUUAAUAGUUGGAUUAAAGCAUAAUUUUUCAAAAUAUAACCUUGACUUUUAAAAAAAAAAUUAAAAUUGUUUCAUUGAAAAUAUUUAGAUUUUAAUUAGUGACUGAUUAAUAAUAUAUUUGUGUGGCGGCGUACACAUAAAAAUUAAAUCUUAUUAGAUAUAAUAUAAAUAUAUAAAGAAGACUUUCGUAAGUUAAUCCUACAUAGAGCUACGCAUUCUUGGCCUAGCAUCUUAUUAUGGAACAAUGAUAUUAAAAAAUUUGUAAUUAUCAUUUACAUAUUAUAUAUAGGGGGUGCAGGAAAAUAUUUGGCUGUAUAAAUGUUACAAAUACUUCUAAAUUAUCCAAAAUGUCUCAGAAAGUUUCUAGAAUUGUUUUCUUCGUCUUAUUAUUACAAUUAUUUUCUAAAUCUUUCCACUCUACGCAAUUUACAAUAAUUUUUUUCUUUUUGUGCACUUUUUUUUUUAUUACAAUAAAUAUCCUAAUUUCAUUGCUAAUAUAUAAUAUUAUGUUUAGGUAAAAUCGGCCAAAUGACUAACCAGGUUUGGUUAUAAAAUAUAUCUACCAAAUGUAUUAAAACUAAAUAAUUAUUUACAUUUAGCUGUAUUGACUAGAAUAAGGGAUUCAAUACUCGAAUACGUUAAAUAUAAAUAUAUAACUAGUCCACUGCCUCUCAGCUUGCAAAUUCAUUGAGUUAUUUUGGUAAUUUUGGUCCUCUAUGGAAUUCUUUUGUUUCGGAGUCGAUCGGGAGAUGUAGAGACGACGAGGAGUCCUGACCAAAGGCUGUCCGGCCCAGUUGUAUUCGUCUCUUGACUUUGUUCUCAAAAUUGUUCGUACUCCGUUGGAAUGUUUAUCCUAGAUAAACAUAUUCCUGAACAAUUUCAAGAGCAUUUCAUACAUUUAUAGCAAUCGGUUCUGGAUGAACCCGAUCGUUAAACACCGAGACGUUGAGACAAGUCCGCUAGGCUGUUCAGAGUUUGCUGUAGCUCCUGCAGCGACUCGGCCAUGUUGAGAAUGUCGUCUGCAAAUCUUAAGUGAGAGAUGUGCUCACCAUUGAUAUAAUGCCACAAUUUUUCCAGUCCAGCAUUUUGAACAUAUUCUCUAAAGCAGGUAUGAACAAUUUAAGGGAUAUAACAUCUCUCUCAUUUCUCGUCGCAGACGAAUAUGAUUAUUUGUUGGUUUUUUACUUGGACAAUCAUUGUGGCAAGAUCAUAGAGGCAUCUCAACAUUUCGAUAUAUUGCCAAGUGACUUCGCAUCGCUACAGGGAUUCCAAAAUAGACAAGGUUUCGAUGGAAUCAAACGCCUUUUCAUAGGCAAUAAAAGCUAGACAAAUGGACUGAUAGCUCUUUUGUAACACUCUACCGCACUGUCUGAAUGUAACCUAUAGUGCCAUAUCCACUCCGAAGCCCGACUUGCUCUGGGAUCGAAACUCGUCAAGUCGUUGCGUAAGACAAUUCGUGAUGACCCUUGAAAACAACUUGUAGGCAUGGCUCUACAGCAAGAUGUGUCGAUUACUUUCCAAAAGGGUUUUUAUCUCCCUUUUUGAUAAGUAAAACGACCAGGUCUUUACUCCAUGCCUACGGAGGUCUCUCAGUGAAGAGGAUGGAGUUGAAGAGCUUCUUAGGCUCCAAGAAUUAGAGAGUCUUUUGCCUUCAGAAGUUCAGUUGUAAUUCCAUCUUCACCUGGGAUUUUUCCAUGUUUUUGGUUGUCUAAGAGGCAUCACGAUCUCGUCACGAUUAAUAACGGUUUCACAUUGCGUACUCAAAAUGAUUCUGAUGAUUUAUAUUAAUAUACGAUAUAACGUAUUGAGUAUUGAAAGUAGCACAUAAGUUUUAUAUGAAAACUAAAUAUAGUUAUGUUUAAAUAGUUUAUUGAAAGUCGCGCAUACAGAGCACCUAAUAACCAUUGCCUAUUUCGUAGACCUGAUGAUUUCGUACCUAUUUAAUGUAAUGUAAUUAAAUAGCGUCUUUGGCUUAUUUGCAAUUGCAUUCAUCUAAAUUUUCUUAUAAGAAUACAAAUUAUAACAAAUAUCCUACGUACACACACUCUUAAAACAAAUAUUUUAACAACCUCCUUGCUAAAAAAAUCGCAACAUGCAUCUUAAAUAUUUAUCUCACGAAGUAAGCAGAGAGGACUCAGUGUCUGUUCCUACUAACACAUGUCUCUUGCCUUUACCAAAUGUUACUUUUUUAAUUACCUUUAAUUUGUAAACUUUGAUUUAUGAUAUAUUUUUGAAGCAAUUUUACAGGAUUUUGGAAAAACUGUGUCCAUAGAA